AGGGAGGGGCUGAGCGCUCGGGCUGCGAGCCAAUGGGUCGUGGUCAGGGGCGCUCCCGCCGCGCUGGAGGCGGCAGGUUGCGGCGGCGCCGGGCGCUUGGGAAGGAACCGGUUCGAGUCCUGGUCUCGGAGGCCGGCGGGAGCCCAGGACAGGGAUAUGCUCUCUGGGACUGCGGCGAUGGAGCUGAAGGUGUGGGUGGACGGCAUCCAGCGAGUGGUCUGUGGGGUCUCGGAGCGGACGACCUGUCAAGAAGUGGUCAUCGCGCUCGCUCAAGCCAUAGGCCAGACGGGCCGUUUCGUGCUCGUGCAGCGCCUCAGGGAGAAGGAACGGCAGCUGCUGCCCCAGGAGUGUCCAAUGGGUGCUCAGGCUACCUGCGGACAGUUUGCCAGCGAUGUCCAGUUUGUCCUGAGGCGGACAGGGCCCAGCCUUACUGGGAGGCCCUCCUCAGACAGCUGCCCGCCCCCUGAGCGCUGCCCAAUCCGCGCCAGCCUUCCCUCAAAGCCAAGACCAGCGCUGGGCCGUGAGUCCCACAGAGGACUGACCUUCAGCCUCGGGUGCCCCAGGCUGGCCUCCAGCGCAGCGCUGCCCGAGCCUGUGGCCUCUGUAGCACCCAUGCCAGGCUGCUGUGAAGACCUGCAGGGCCUGGAGCGGAGGGUGCAAAGGAACGCGGCGGAGCUGGGCCAGGAGGCCUUCUGGGAGCAGGAGCUGCGGCGGGAGCAGGCGCGGGAGAGGGAGGGCCAGGCGCGGCUGCAGGCGCUGAGCGCGGCCACUGCCGAGCACGCCGCCCGACUGCAGGCCCUGGACGCCCAGGCUCGUGCCCUGGAGGCCCAGCUGCAGCUGGCCACAGAGGCCCCUGGGCCCCCUUCGCCCUCCGAGUCUGCUGCCGAGCGCCUGCGCCAGGACCUGGCCGCCCAGGAACGGCGGAGUGCGGAGAUGCAGGCCAGCCUGGCCCUGGUGAGCAGGGCUCUGGAGGCUGCAGAGCAGGCCCUCCAGGCCCAGGCCCAGGAGCUCGAGGAGCUGAACCGGGAGCUGCGACAGUGUAACCUGCAGCAGUUCAUCCAGCAGACAGGGGCCGCCCCUGGCACGCAGGACCUCAUGCCUCCAACCAGGGGAGAGCCCUUCCCAGGAGCUUCCCGGAGUCCUGCCCUUGUGUCCAGCCUGAGCCCGGAGGUUGCCCCCCUGAGGCAGAACUGGAGGUAGCAGCAUCUGCCCCCAGAGUGACUGUCCACUGCCAGCCCGGUCCUGGGCUCUGAUGACACGAGCAAGGGCCACCAAGGUCAGCUCAGGCUAGACAACAGAAGAGCCGGCGGUCAUAGCAGACUCGUGCUCCCAAGCCAUUGGAAGCCUUGUGCCCUGGGCCAGAGACGGAACGCCUCAGGAUCCUGGGGUUUCUGCCGCGAGGGGCAGGGGGAGGCUGAGGACUCUCAUCCCGGUGCCUGCCGAGUCUGCCAAGCCCCCUGAAGAAGCUUGGGACAUGGCCAGCUCAGGAUGUGCCAGGCCCCAAAGGGCCAUAGCUCCUUCUCAGAGACAGACGCUGUGUUCAGUCUGUGGGGAUGUGCUUGUGUGUGGAAAGUAUCCUUCAGUACAUAUGUAUGUGUGUGUGAGCGUAUAUACAUGCGUGUGUGCGUGCCACAUCCCCUACCGCAACACUGAAACCUCAAUAAACCGCCUGAAGUGGCAC